GGCCGCACGGCGCAGCACUCGUUCGUCGACGCGGUGUUCGGCGGACAGCUGCUGAGUACGGUGGCGUGUGAGGACUGCCAUAGUGUAUCACAGAUCCUUGAACCUUUCCUCGAUCUUAGCCUGCCCAUCACCGAGGAGAAGACCACCAGGCGGCAGCACGGUUUCAAGCUGCACGAGCAGGUGGCCGACCACCAGGGGGCGCCGGCGAAGAACGCCGUGGAUGAGUUUGCCGCUCGCGCCGACGCCAAGAGCAAGCAUCAGAAGAAGAAGGAACGCAAGGAGAAGCAGAAGAAGAGGCAGGGUAGGGGGCGCUGUAAGCCCCUGCCACUGGGCGGCGGCGUUGCCGGGGACGACCAGGGCGUGGUCGGCGACGACGAGGAGGAACCCGACAGCGACUCGUCCACUAGGGGGCGCGAGGAGAACGCGGCGAGCGGCAAGGCUGCAGGUGAACGGAGCCGUUCUGAGUCGGACCUCACAGAUGGCGCUGAUGUAGAGGACAAUGUUGACAGUGACAUCUGUAAGCAGAAGUGCAGCAAUGCCGUCGCAGUAGAUGCAGAUGCUGUGGUUAGGAAUGGUUGCUUGUCGGUGACGGUUCCCGCGGCGAUGGACACGCUCUGCAUGGAUAUGAAACAGUUGAACGUCUCUCAGGUGUGUUUGUCGUCGAGCGGCGGCAGCACCGUCUGCGACGCGGAGAGCGCCACUGCCGCUGGCUGCUCUCUUGUCUCGAAUCAGACGGCGGGCGACAACAACGUGAGUCCGACAACGAACGGUUGCAUAGGGGGCGCCGCGUGCGCAGGUCGAUGCGCCACAAGGGGGCGCUCAUUGGGAGGCGACGAUGCAAACGAGAGCUCGCCAAAACAAGAGGGCGUCACUGGCAGUGCCUGCUCGCCGAAACAAGCGGACGACUCCGGCGACGUGAACGGUGGCGCCGCCAUUGCCGCGCCGGACUCCCGCAACUCGCCGACGGCGGCGCGGCGACAAGAGAGCAUGCGUCGGUCUCGGACGACGCUCGGCGAGCGGUACCAGUCGGCGGCGCGCGAGUGCAGCCUGCUCUCUUGUUUGCAUCAGUUCACGACGGCGGAGCUGCUGACGGGAAACAAUCGCUUCGGCUGCGAGACGUGCAGUCACGCUCGCUCGAAGAUCAACAGCGACUCGGCGACGGGCGGUAAGCCGGAGCGCGUCUACACGAACGCCAGCAAGCAGUUUCUCAUCUACAACCCGCCCGUCGUUCUCACGGCACAUCUCAAACGCUUCCAGCAGGGGACGCGCGCCCCCUUGCUGCGGGCGAGGAAGAAGGCGCCACAGUUUGCGCGGCAGGCGAGGCCUGCUCUUCACGCUAGGGCGUGUAGUGUCGCCGGCGUGCAAGGAGCCGUGUGCUCGGACCGAACGCGUAGAGACGAGUAA